CGAAGGAACAGAUCCCGAGGGAUAUCAUGUCCCCGGAUUGGCCGAUUUGAUUUGGGACAGAGAGCUUGCUGCUGAAUGUCGAAGGUGGGCGGAGACCUGCGUUUAUCAGUACGCCCAAAACAUCAACGCUGAAGAAAACUUGGCUUCCACAACGAACGUGAUUGGCGACCCGGUUCAACUGUGGUAUGCGUAUCGAAACAAAACUGGACAUUAUCGCAAGAUGGUGUCACCCACAGCAGUGUAUCUGGGGUGUCACAUGACGCGUUGCGCCGUUCUCCAACUCGUGCAAGCCGGUGUCAAUCAAACGAACGCAUAUUACACCGUGUGUCGCUACUCAACAAUAAAAACUAUGCCAACGGAAUAAAUGUGACUUUUGGAUCCGCCAGUAAACGCACGCAGUUUUAUUCUUGCCGAACACGGUAUGAACGAACUCACGCUACAGUAUGUUUGCUUAAAAUGUGCCUCAGUUUUGCGUCUCUAUUUUUUGAACUUUGCAUCGCAGCCGCGUAAUGGCAAAAGAACUGUAUUGUCAGACCUACACUUCUCUUGAUUUUUCUAAUGUUUAGCUGGGAAUGAGCCGAAUUAUUUUAUUCCAAAUUGUUUU